AUGGCUCUACCACGUAUAAAAGUCUUCGCCAUUCCAAAUCAAGAAGCUUCAACAGUUGCAGAUAAACUAGUUCAUGAAGUCUUCUGUCGUUUUGGAGUACCUUUAGAGAUUCACAGCGAUCAAGGAAGGAAUUUUGAGUCUCAAAUAUUCCAGGAAACUUGCCGAGUCAUGGGUACUCAGAAAACACGAACAACUUCUUACCACCCACAAUCUGAUGGAAUGGUAGAAAGAUUUAAUCAGACAUUGGAGAGGUACCUAGCAAAAGUUGUGGAAAAUCGGCAACGAGGCUGGGACAGGCACAUACAACCGUUUUUGUUGUCAUAUCGAAGCGCUGUUCACGAAAGUACAUCAGUGACACCAGCUUUCGCAAACUUUGGGAGAGAAUUGCGGCUUCCUGCAGACCUGAUCACCGGAAUACCACCUGAUGCCCCACGCAGUAUAACCGAUUAUGCAAAUGACUUGCGGAACAAAAUGAAUGACAUUUAUGAGCACGUCAGACAGACGGGCCAGCAAACGUCUGAGAAGAUGAAAACACGGUAUGACCGCAAAAUGAACAACAAGGGGUUUGAUGAAGGUUCACUAGUGUGGUUACACAAUCCAGUUCGCAGCAAAGGGAAAUCUCCUAAGUUUCAAGCUAAAUGGGACGGACCGUACCGGAUUGUGACAAGGAUCAAUGAUGUAACCUACCGGAUACUGAAAGGUGCCAGAGGUACUCCUAAGAUUGUCCAUGUGGAUCGACUGGCGCGUUAUUAUGGGGCCAAUAAUGCUCGGGACGAGCAUGUCUUAGGAGGGAGCAGUGUUGCGCGCCACUAUUAA